AUGGAGAAGUUUAAAGAAUGUUGUGAUCUCGAUAAGAUAACUUCUAAAAAAUCAUUGUACUUGGAUGUUCCUACUAGGUGGAACUCCACAUAUUUGAUGUUGAAGGUUGCUACAGUUUAUGAGGAAGCCUUUACAAAAUAUUGUGAUAUUGAUUAUGGUUUGAUGUCAUGUAUUUCUAACUGUAUUUAUGAGGAUAGACAACCUGCAUGUCCUCUUUUAAGUACUGAUUGGGAUAGUGUAUCAGGUACACUUUAUAUUACGUCUAAUGUGCACUUUCUUGAGAUAUGUGUUGUUGGCUCUUCUUUGAAAGAGUUGAUGCAAAGUGAAUAUGCUACCUUGAAAGAAAUGGCAAAGAGUAUGAAAGAGAAGUUUGAUAAAAAUAAUAGGUGUGAAAAUACAAAUGAGGUGAAGACAUACAUGGAAUCUUUGUUCAAUUUGUAUGCAAAGAAGAAUGGUGGUUCUGGUUCAUGUCCAUCUUCUCCAUCUUCUGGUUCAUGUCCAUCUUCAUCUUCUCCUGGUUUAUGUCCAUCUUCUUCAACUUCAUCUACUUCUUCAUCAUCGCUUUCAAAAUCCAUGCUAGAUUUAAAGAAGCAUAAGGAGAGUGAAGGAAUUGAUUUUAAAACAGAGUUAGAUAAAUAUUUGGGUGAAGAUGUUGAGGAAGACUAUGAAAAUUUUAACAUUCUGAGGUGGUGGAAGUUGAAUUCACCCAGAUUUCCCACUCUUGAUGAGAUGGCAUGUGAUGUGCUAGCCAUUCUGAUUUCUAGUGUUGCCUGA